CUUCAAUCGAGUGCAGGAAAACAAGUUAAGGUCUAUGACUCUUCCAAUAGUGGGCACACGGAAAGAAGUUCAAAUACAAUAGUGCAAUAACGCAAGAGUCAAACUCGAGAGACUUCAAAGAAGUUGUUGAGUGAAGCAACUCCAGCAAUCUACACAAUAAAUAAAAGCCAAAUGAGAAAACUUGAAGCCCCAUUUCAAAUUUCCCGUAUCCAGAGUGAAAGUAGGAGGGGUAUAUUCAUCUUCACGGUCAUUUAUUAUUUUCGUAUUUAUUGAAAAAAAUACAUCACUAAUGAGAUUUGAACCUUGGUAUUUUCGAACAAAGAUAAGAAAUUUGACUAGUUACAAUAAACACAUUUGUGUGAUCUUUUUCAAUUAAAAACAUAAAGGAAGUUUAAAUCUGAAAAAUCAUAGGACUUUUCCACCACAGUUAGCAAGCGAAAUGUCAUUGAUUCAAAUAUUGUAUAUCGAAUUGCACCCAUGAAUGAGUAGAAGCGAUGUAGAAUUCUUAACAUAGACUUAAUUGUUAGAACUACCAUAUAGUAACGUUAUUUUUAAACAUAGAACUUUUGAGUGAAUAUGGGCACAUGUGUAUUUAAGAGAUGGGUAAAUAUAGAAAGGUUGAGUGAUGUUGGUUUGCCGAACGCGGAUGAAAAAGACACUACUAAUGUAAACGGGCCCAAAUAGUUCCCCGACCCACUAAAUGCUCAACCAUCGCUGUCUCUCCAAACUUUCCAGCAUACUCAACAAUCGGCUAACCUCCUCUACCUCUAUUGUUAAGCUAGAGAAAUUUUGGAAGGGUAAAUAUGAAAAUAUUAAGUGUUGUUGGUUUGCCCAAUGAGGAUGGAAAAGGCGCUACUAAUGUAAACGGGCCCAGAUAGUGUCCGACCCAGUAAACGCUCAACCACCAGGGUUACUUUCACUACACCUAAUAUAAUAGUGAAAUGAGAAAGAUGUUUUCCCCAUUACGAAACCCUUGCAUCCAUAGCAAAAGUAGGAAGGGUAGAUUCGUCUUCACAGUCAUUUAUUGUUUUCUUAUUUACAGGAAAAAUACAUAAGUAAUGGGUUUUGAAUUGUGAUAUCUUUGAGAAAAUACAAGAACAUAACCAGUUACACUAAACAAAUUUGUUUAAACUUUUUAAAUUAAAAAUAUACAGGAAGCUUAAAUAUGAAAAAUCAUAGGGCAACGGGGCGGGGCGGGUGGUGCGUGACUGGAAUGGAAUGUGUCUGCUAACGGGAGUACGUCGGGAUCGCCGCCAAUGGAGGCCGGAAAUUGCAGAGCUUCAGGCAAUCGUCUUCACAUUCGAGGUGGUGGAAGUGAAGGGCUAUGAGGUGGUGGAGAUAGAGUCUGACUGUUUGGAAGCGGUUUCACAGAUCAGGCAAGAGACUUCGUCGCUGACAGAGGAGGGAGGCUUGUGUGAAGAGAUAAGGGCUAAAGCCCAGAGGUUGGGCCAAAUCAAAUGGUGUUUUGCAAAGAGAGGUUGUAAUAUCAAGUAGGCCACAUAGCUUUUAGUUGGGACUCCCAAUAGUUGUGGGAAGACAAGCCACCCAAUUUUAUCUUACCGCAACUGAAUGCGGAUUGUAUCCAUUUGAUGGUUUCGUAAUUUAAUAUAAUUAGGUGUUCUAUAAAAAAAAUUUGGAAUUUUCCAUCGCAAUUAGCUAAGCCACUAACUCUCUUCUAAACAUUUUUUUGGCACCUUACUUUUAUUUUCAUAUUUUGAUUAUUUAAAUUCGAGUUUAAUAAUUAAUUAUAUUUCUAUUUGUCUUAUAAAAGGAGAAUAAUUUUAAAACCGCAAGCCUAAUGUCAUUGGUGCAAAUAAUGCACAUCGAAUUGCAGUAUUGAAUGUGUAAAAGCGAUGCAGAAUUCUUAACAUAGAUAAUAUAACUACCAUAAAACAACAAUAUUUUUGAACAUAGAAGUUUUGAGUGAAUAUGGGGACAUGUGUCUUUAAGAGAGCGGUAAAUAUGAAAAGGUUGAUUGAUGUUGGUUUUUCGAAUGUGGAUUGAAAAUGCGCAACUAAUGUAAACGGGUUUAAAUGGUGUCCCGACCUACUAAGCGCUCAACCAUCGUCGUUUCUCCGACCUCCUCCUCCACCUAUAUUGUUACGCAAAGCAAUAUUCGAAGCGGUAAAGAUGGAAAUGUUGAGUGUUCUUGCUUGGAGAGCUGAUUGGUGGGUUGUGUAGUUUCUUUGAGAGUAAUGUGUGAUCUCUUAACAUCAGUUCAUUUGGUUGAUAUUCUAUGUUGACUUUUGAGCUGAUUAAAGAUAAACAGUGUCCCGGACUCCCGGCCUACUAAACGCUCAACCAUCGCCGUCUCUCCAAACCUUCUCAUCGGACUCGACAACCGCAUAACCUCCUCUACCGAUAUUUAGUUUUUUUACAGUAAUGUGUGAUCUCUUAACAUCAGUUCAUUUGGUUGUUCUUCUAUGUUGACAUUUGAGUUGAUUAAAGAUAAAUAGCUAUACCUUUUGUUGCUUUUGUUAUGAUACUCAAUUUUAGUAUCAUCAUUUUUCUAAUUUGAAUUGUUUUUGUGGUUAGUUUCCAGUAAACAAAAACUAUUCUGAUUAGUGUUAACAUAGGAAAUAACUUCAAUCAUAUCAUUUUUACACAAAAUUUAUAUGUAAGGGCUGAGAUCAAUACCGAAUUGAACUAUUAAUCUUCAACAUAUAAAACAUGGUUUAGAAAUAACCCUAUACAUUGCAAAAUCCUGGAUUCAAGUGGCAAUAUAAGCUCUCAAUUUAC